AAGUACCUUUAAAAAAAUCCACUUGUGGAGCAAAAAGUUAAGAACCCAAAUAACUAUUCUUUGUGUAGACUUCAGUGCACCGUAACCAAAGCAAGGUGAAUGAUUAUCUCUUCUUUCUGCUGAAACAGCAACAGACAAGUUCAAACUAGCUAGAGACAUAAAGGGUAAAAAGGAAACAUUCUACAAAUAUAUUAGAAGCAAAAGGAAGAGAGGCCCCUUACUCAUGAAGAGGAGGAAAUGAUAACAGAAAUGAUAGAGCUGCUUAAUAACUUCUUUGUUUUGGUUUUCACCAAGGAGGCUGGUGGUGACUGGGCACCUAUCAUAGUGAAUGCUGGAGAAAAUGAGGCUGAUGAGAGCAGCAGUACGGGGAAGAGAAGCUCUUCAAGCAGGGAGCACUUGAAAAGGAGCCCCAAGAGCCCGAAAGCAGAGGGCUCCGAUUCUGUGACAUCUCAGUCCUCGCCGAGCGAAGAGCCCGGCACAAUGACUGAAGUGAAGGUGAAAACAGAGGUACCAGAUGACUACAUUCAAGAGGUGAUCUGGCAGGAUGACACCAAAGAUUCCAAGAAGAACGUAAAGGAUGGGACAGGAGAUGUGCCAGCCGAAAUCUGUGUGGUGAUCGGAGGGGUCCGCAACCAGCAGACACUCGAUGGAAAAGCAGUGGAACACAGCUCUCCCGCUGGAUAUACACGAACUCGAUAUUCGGGCACCUGGAUUUUUGACCAUGCAUUGAGAUACACCUCCGGGUCUUAUGAAUGUGGAAUAUGUGGGAAGAAAUACAAGUAUUACAACUGUUUCCAGACCCAUGUGCGAGCGCAUAGAGACACUGAAGCUGCCUCAGGUGAAGGAGCCUCACAAGGCAACAAUUUUAGGUACACGUGUGACAUUUGUGGGAAAAAAUACAAAUACUACAGCUGUUUCCAGGAGCAUAGAGACCUGCACGCAGUGGAUGUUUUUAGUGUGGAAGGGGCCCCAGAAAACCGGGCAGACCCUUAUGACCAGACAGUCAUAGCAGCAGAUGAAGUGAAAGAAGAGGAGCCCGAACCAUUUCAGAAGAUUGGUCCAAAAACUGGCAAUUACACCUGUGAAUUCUGUGGCAAACAGUACAAAUACUACACUCCCUACCAGGAACAUGUGGCGCUACACGCACCUAUUAGCACUGGAAGCCGUCACCUGCUACCACGUUCUUCCAAGUUAAGAGAGUCUUGCAGAGCAUCCCAGAUUCCUUCCGGAGUUCACGAGUUCUCUCGAUCUCCACUCUUCGUGGCAGUGAAGACCCAGGCGAGCCAAUCCGGCAAAAAAACACCGGCUUCCAUAAUCCGCUGUUCCACCCUCCUGCACCGCUCCCCGUCCGGUAUCCCACCGGCAUCCCAAUCCCAGAUGUUCCGCGCUCCAAAUUCUGGAUCCCCCGGAAGCAAGGCCACCACAGCAGAGAGCGCCUUCAGUAGGAGAGUGGAAAGCAAAGCGCAAAACAACUUUGAAGAAACCAACAGCAGCUCCCAGAACUCUAGUGAAACCGCAAGUCCCCUGAUUUCAAAUCCUUUCCCGCUUUUACAAAAACCUUACACCUGCGGAGCUUGUGGAAUCCAGUUUCAGUUUUAUAACAACUUGCUGGAGCACAUGCAGUCCCAUGCAGCUGACAAUGAGAACAAUAUUGCCUCUAACCAACCCAGAUCACCUCUGACUGUUGUGGAAGAAAAGUGGAAACCACAGCUCCAAAGAAACAAUGCCAAUAAUACAUCUGCAGGCGGGUUGAUAGCAAACAGUGCGAUCCCCGAGAAGGAGCGGCAGCACAUUGGAGAACGGCUGCUGCGGGUGAUGUGCACCGACCUCGGAGCCCUGAGCGUGGUGAGCGGGAAGGAAUUCAUCAAGCUGGCACAGACCUUGGUGGAUAGCGGGGCGCGCUACGGUGCUUUCUCGGUCACAGAAAUCCUUGGCAACUUCAACACGCUGGCCCUGAAGCAUCUGCCUCGGAUGUACAACCAAGUGAAAGUGAAAGUCACCUGCGCCCUGGGCAGCAACGCGUGCUUGGGGAUAGGGGUCACUUGCCACUCUCAGAGCAUCGGCCCUGACUCCUGCUACAUCCUGACAGCAUAUCAGGCUGAAGGCAACCACAUCAAGAGUUAUGUCCUGGGAAUUAAGGGUGUGGACAUCCGAGAUAACGGGGAUUUUAUCCACCACUGGGUGCAGAACGUCCUGUCUGAGUUUGUGAUGUCAGAAAUCAGGACAGUGUACGUCACAGACUGCAAAGUCAACGCCUCGGCGUUCUCCAAGGCAGGCAUGUGCUUGCGCUGUUCGGCCUGUGCCUUGAACUCAGUCGUGCACAGCGUGCUGAGUAAGCGCACGCUGCAGGCGCGCAACAUGCACGAAGUCAUCGAGCUCCUGAAUGUCUGUGAAGAUUUGGCGGGAUCCACGGGCCUCUCGAAGGAGACCUUUGGCUCCCUGGAGGAGACGUCUCCCCCACCCUGCUGGAACUCCGUGACUGACUCCCUCCUGCUCGUCCACGAGCGUUAUGAGCAGAUCUGUGAGUUCUACAGCAGAGCCAAGAAGAUGAACCUCAUUCAGAACCUGAACAAGCAUCUUCUCAGCAACCUGGCAGCCAUUUUGGCCCCGGUGAAACAAGCCGUGAUCGAACUGAGCAAUGAGAGCCGGCCCACCCUGCAGCUGGUUCUGCCCACCUACGUGAAACUGGAGAAACUGUUCACUUCCAAAGCCAAUGACGCUGGCAUAGUCAGCAAGCUCUGCCACCUCUUUCUAGAGGCCCUGAAGGAGAACUUCAAAGUUCACUCUGCACACAAAGUAGCCAUGAUCUUGGACCCUCAGCAGAAGCUGCGGCCAGUCCCACCGUACCAGCACGAAGAGAUCAUUGGCAAGGUCUGUGAAUUGAUCAACGAAGUGAAAGAGUCGUGGGCAGAAGAACCAGAAUUUGAACCUUCUACCAAGAAACCACGGGCAGCAGGUGAGGCCCCUCCAGCUCAGGAAGACGAGCAGUUUGGGAAAAAUGAAGUCUACGAUUAUUUGCAAGAACCCCUCUUCCAGGCCACCCCUGAUCUAUUUCAGUACUGGUCGUGUGUUACCCAAAAGCAUACGAAACUAGCCAAGUUGGCCUUUUGGCUCUUAGCAGUGCCUGCUGUCGGUGCCAGAAGUGAAUGUGUAAAUAUGUGUGAGCAGGCCCUCUUAAUCAAAAGGAGGAGGCUACUCAGUCCAGAAGAUAUGAACAAACUCAUGUUUUUGAAGUCCAACAUGCUUUAAAACUGUCUUUUAAUUAAAAAAAAAAACAAAAACAAACAAAAAAUUUUAAAACACUGUUCCAAACAAAGAAAAGAAUUUUAAGUUCUAAACACUGUGGACCUCAUUAUAAAAGCCCCUGGAAACCAAGUGCUUAUAUAUGUGUGUGUAUGAUUUUAUAUAUAUGUGUGUGUGCGUGUGCGUAUACAUACAUGUAUAUGUACAUACACACACACACACAAAUAUAUAUAUAAAAUAUAAUAAAAAACGUAAGUUUCAGAGGGAAGCCGAGCACGAGUCAGACCCAGCCCUCUGCCAGGAACAUGCUCCUUUCUGUUAGCUAGCAUGUGGACUUGACAAACUUUCUAAUGUUUUCAAGUGGGCGCACCAAUGGGAGGCUGACAUUCUAAAAUCUUCAGGCAGCUGAGAUCAAAAGUGACUUGAAGUUUCUUUUAUUUCCCCUUCACCCCACCUCUCCUCUUGUCCCCUGGGCCACUUUGCCAUGGAUAAUCAAACAGCAUUGAACAGACCAGGUCUCUACUGGGCUUUGCUCCUAUCAAUAAUUAUACACCUUGAGGGCAUUCGUUUGUAGCCUCCUUAACAUAUGUUGCAUGUUAUCAAGGCAGCUGUGUUUUACAAGCACUAAUAUCUGUAGAAGUCAGGAAGGAAGACUUUAAGGAAACACUUUUUUUUUUUCAUUUUAAUUUAAGAAAAAAAUAUCAAAAAAUAUGCUCUUGAGUUGAACAUUUUAGCUAGUCAUUUUACCUUUUUGAUUGAGAACAGAGAGAAAUUAUGGCAAAAAGUAUAACCGUGAUGUUUUAUAGAAUUAUUUUUACAGAUAAACUUUUUCUCAAGUCCCGCUGUAAGCUUGCUCAUCUCACUUGUACAGCUGAUAGCAGUGGUUCUUAAACUGGUUCCUAGAAUGGAACACAUCUUCAGGGCAGGAUUGUCAUGGCCCAUUGAGGACCAAUGACGUCCCUGUGAGAACUGCAGCAAUUGCUGACGUGGAGAGGUAAAGAAUGAGUGUCGUUCAAUACACUUUAACAGCUAGCACGGUGUGACUGGACAGGUCUCUGUGGACCACCACCAAGUAAUCCAUAGACCACUGAUGGUCCACAGGCUCUACUUUGAGAGCCACUGAUAUACAACAUUUCUGUAAGCUUUCCCGAUACACAUAUCGAAAGAGUUUUCACUUGGUCAAGAACAAACCAGGGGUGUGAUGUUUCAGGGCAGCAGAGGGUGUCAGGUUCCAAAUGUAAGUUUGAAGGAAGCUAAGAUAAGCAAUUGGGCUCAAAGAUCUGUCUGAAUGUAAGUGUUCCCACUCAAGUUCAGAGCACUUCUCACGGUAUUCUGAAUGGUUUCCUCUGCUAGCACGAAUGUCUUUUCAAUACCUUCUAGUGCAUUACACUACUUGUUACACGGCUGGAUCAUUUGGCUAAUAAGGCCCUGUGACUUUAAGACUUCUUGUUCCCUGUCUUUUGAGACAUGUAUCCCAUUCCCAACUGCAGUAUAGGAGAUCAUCCUCAAAUCCAAGUCCCAUGAGUCAUUUCUGCUGGCAGUCAAGGAGAGCUUUCUCGGGGUACUGCAAAAACUCACUGGGCAGCAGUGAGUCACAGAGCAGGGCUAAAAAUAGCAGGGGAGAUGUACCCCUUUGGGCUGGAACGGAGGCUCUGAGGCCUCCUCUGCUUGCUGAAUCUCCGAGGCUGGGCACCAGCCCAAGUGGAAACAUCAACACUACAAUUUUUAGUCCCGAGCUGUGAACCUGAGUCGUUGGCCAGGCUCUGAGAUUGACUGCUGCAGUGUGAGUGUGUGUGUGUGUGUGUGUGUGUGCGCGCGCACAUGCAAAUCCUGAAAGGUCUCGUGCCAGCACACAAAGUUGUGCGGUGCCCCAGAUGACUUCUUAGCUCUGGUGUUCUUGGGCAAAUCCAGGCUCUUGGUACCAAACGUAAUUCUCCACCAAGUCAAUUGCUUUCUUGAGGCCUCCUCACACGUCAAGCCGUUUGCUCCCUACUGGGAAUCGCCGGGGACAAGAGAUCGGUCUGGCAGAUGUGGGUGCCCCAGAGGAGUGUCUAGAGCAGGUUGGUAACUGAAAGGUGGUGGGUUGAAUUCCCUGAGCAGGAGGUGGGUAUGCACUGCAUCCUGCCAGUGUCUACUGGGGACAAGGAGGCAGGUGCACACUUAGAGGUACCAUCCACGGAACAUACAAUAAGCCAAAGUCCCUUCUGCCCAUCUCUGGUUCUGGUAACAAUUACAGGUCUCAAGACACUUAUUAGAAACGGAGGUUGUAAAGUCCAGAGUCCUGGCCAAUAAAUCCGUCUCCCACUAGAACAGGUGAGGACACCUCUGUCGCUGCUCACUUGCGAUCUCUAACUUCGAAUCCCUGGUUAUGGCAGGCACUGAAUUACGUUCUGGGUGGCCUGUAUUGCUCAGAGCGUUCUUGCAAUAGUUCCAGGCACCUCUAAGGACAACUUUUUGUAUGGAGAUCUCUUUCCCAACGGGCCUCUGCCCCUUCCCAGCUGGGAAAGCAGCACCAUGUGCCGAUCAGACAGGCAAGAAGCCAACACAAUCUUCAGCCUAAGACAUCAACCCAAAACCAACCAUCUCCUACUGAAAUUGUGUGUGUGGUUGUGGAGGUCUUUGUUCUAAGAAGGUUUCUAGCAAGUACAGCCCCUGUGCUGCUACCUGCUUCAGCAAUAAUAUCAUUUAAAGGCAUCACUCAAGGACAGGAGACCACCCACAAUGUAUUUUCUCAUGCAGUGGACUUCGCAGAGACAUUUCUUUGUGGAAUUUCUUUCUCCUUCAGUGCAAGGGGUUUUCUGUUUAUUUCCUCCUACAUGAGCCUGGCCUUUUUGAGCAACCCUACAAUCAUCAAGCUGUUUGCACAUGCAAUACAGGAGAAAAGUUUAAUAAACAGAAUUGACAUUUCAAGCUAGCAAGGAGAAAAAGAAGCAGGAGAGAAACCCUGACUGUGAAAACUGAGAAAUCUUCUGUGACAUGUUUUAGUGACCUUUGGGAGAAAAUAGGGAUGCUUACACAAUAAAAUAAAUACAAUUAACAAUGACCUGUUCCCUACCAAGAGAAUGGAAGAGUCCCCAGCAUCUAACAAGGGAGAGAAACAGAUUCCAGGCACCAGGCACUUCACCUGCAAGCACCCAUUAGCACUUUGUGCUACCCACAGGAUGAUAGUAGCCUAGAUUUUGUGAUGAUGCUCCUGCUUCCUAGUCCUAUUACUCAGGCCAGGUCUACCCUACACCUGGAACUCCAGCUACGCAAAAUACCUUAUGGUAUUUUAUCUUAAGCCGAGCUUGGUGCCGUCUUCACAAGAGAGGCCAGUGGUAGCAAACUUUCCCUUUGGCUUCCUUUACUCCUCCCAACUGCCAGAAGUGCUGGCACCGGCUGGGGUCGUCCUCAGCAUUCAAUUUAGUGGGUCUUCACUAGACCCACUAAAUCAAACACCAGAUCAAUCUCUGAUGUGGUAAGUAUAGAUGUGGUCUCCGACAGUAGCACAUUCCACGGAGCGCGGAUAAGUUGCAAAGGUUGUGAAUUUAGGGAAAGGUUUUCCGUUGAUUUGCCAACUUCUCUAUUUAUUUACUGCUGCUUAAGAGCUGCCAGUCCUGCAGUGGGAAAUGGUAGGGCAGGGAAGGCUGUGGCCUCAUGGUAGGGCCGUGUGCGCAGCCUGGUUCCAAUCCCUUUCAACUAGAAGCUCUUUCAUCCAGCUGUGGGUGUGUUGGGAAUCUCCCCUCCCCAUUCCUAAGAGGGACACAUCAAACCUAAUACAAAGCUUAUAUGUUUCAUUGGUGAGGGUGGGGAAAGUUCUUCUUCUCUAUGCUGUCCACGAUGUGGCUGUUACUGAGGAAGCCAGCCACUACAUCGGUUUGUGCCAUGUGAUUAAAAUGCUGACAAACUAUUUGGCUACACUGGCCUGGACACCUUUUGGGGGGAUAGUUUUCUGUCCUGCAGCCUUGGCUUUUUGAACAACCCUGCACAGAUCUGCGUCAGUGGCUAGCAAGUGGAGUGGAACAUCCGGUUGCUGUAGAAGCAGUGUUGUUGUGCGCUGUCUACAGGCCCUCUGAUGCAUGCUUAGGAAACUGCAAAACACGUUGCUUCCCUCAUUCAGUACUGAGACACAUGUCUGUGCAUGAAAACGGAAUCUCGGUUCUGUAGGAAGAAAUCUGUUGCUGCUUAUUCUGCCCCGGAUGUCGUAUUUCUCUGGGACUUCACCAAGUAAGUGUGGAAAUCAUGGUGAUGUCAGAAUUGUCACAGAAGCAAAUGAGCACCAAGAGUAGAUGAACGCUAAAGAAACAAAGUUCCUCUUUUCCUGUCCAAAUAUCUUUACCAAAGGCUGAGAACUGAAAAAAAUAGGAUAUAAAGGCAACAUUUUUCUCAGCAGAAAGUUCUGUUUUUUGAGAGGGCCUGGCAGCUGAGAUGCCCAUGGGACAUUGCUGAACCUAUAACCCUCUUCUCUCUCUCUCUCUCUCUUCUCUCCUUUCCUGCAGCAAUGGCAUGUGUCCAACAAUGUUCCACUCCACUGAGGCCAUCUCCAGAAUUGUUGGGAACUGGCUAGUGUCCAGUAUCUUUGUUGGGUUUCAGGCUGGAGUGAAGGUUGUGAGCAAAGAUUUGUCCGUAUGAGAACAUGUGUAACAGUUUAACUAAUUUAAGUCAGUUUUU